UUCGUCCCAUGUGCAAAGUUUUGCCUGUGGCGGCCAUGCUUGUGCUGCUAGCUCGCGGAGGCUAGAAUUUGCAACGGAGACUAAGCUGGAGGUGCUAGACCCUGAGAUCGCCGUCUGAAGGUGGUGCAUGUGAAGGGGGCUAAUGUACCCCAGGUUACCACCCGGCUAAACUUCGUCCACGCUGACACCCGGACUCUCUUUCCCGCAUGGGGCACGGCCAGACGGCGGAGUCCCUCAGGCUUCAGCAAGGUUUUUGCGGUGCGUUUCGUUUCACCCCGUGGCGAUCCAGCGCCCCGCGUGGCCCUCUUCACGAGCGCGCAGAACAGGCUGCCGUCGCCGAGGCCGGGCAAAUCAGGGCGGCGAGAGGGCAGCGCGGAGCCCGCAUGUGCCAAAACACAGAGUUGUUGUCGCGCCUUGGGUUAUUGGGCGCCGCGCUGCACACCCGCCGGCAAAUGGGAGUCACAAGGCGGAGCUGCGGAUGGGAUGCCGGAGAGCGCGUUCGACAUCCCCUUUUGGCAGCCCAAACGCUGCCGGCUGAAUGCGCGGGAUGUGGAUGGGCAAACCUGCCCCGAUACCCGAGGGAUGAUCGCCGGACUAAGCUUACUCCAGCAAGUGGACGCUUAGUCGAGCACGGAGGACCGAGACGCAAAUGUCCCCCGUUUUUCCGCCUCGUGGGGGCGUGGGACCGCCGCUUGCACAGUGCGAGGCCGGCGUGGGCGCUGCUGCAGUUGCGGGCUCAGGAUCGCAUUCCAGGGCGGUUGUGCUUCAGGGCUCGCGAUGCUACCUGGAGAGCGUCAGUGGAGGCCCGGUGCCAGCGCGCAACACAGCUGGCGCCGCAGCACGACUGUUGACUGUUGACUGCUGGCAGGCCGGUCGAGUCAUCGCAGC